AAGGGUAGGGGAGUACGGGUUAUAAUUAACAGAAUUAAAAAUAGGCCUGCCUUCAAUAAACUGAACACCCGGAGAGGCUAGAAAUUUGUUGUGCAAGUGGCACGUUAGGAGGAAACGGGAGUGGUAUUACUCAAACAAAGGUAAUCCAAGAGACCGCAGCGCGGGAGCUUCGACUACCAGGAUGGCCUGGGACUCCUUGUGCAGCGGGGACUUACGGCGCCCCAAGAUAAGAAGCACCUCAAGGUGGACGCCUGGCAGUCAGAGCAGUCAGAGCAGUGCUGGGACACCAUCCCUGGAGGAGCUGCGGCGCCUGCUCUGCACACGCUCAUCCCCCACAGGGCAUGUGGAUGAAGUCUGGCCAAACCUCUAUGUGGGAGACCUGUAUGUCGCUCGUGACAAAGCCCAGCUGAGCCGAAUGGGCAUCUCCCACGUGGUGAACGCCGCUGCCGGGCGAUUCCGCAUCGACACCGGACCCACCUUCUAUAAUGACUUGCCUGUGCACUACUAUGGAGUAGAAGCAGAGGACCACCCAAACUUUGAUCUCAGCAUUCACUUCUACCCAGUUGCUCAGUACAUCAGAGAAGCACUGAAUUCCCCAAGAGGCAAAGUGCUGGUUCACUGUGCAAUGGGAAUCAGUCGAUCUGCAACUCUUGUCCUCGCUUUCCUCAUGAUCUGUGAAGACAUGUCCCUCGCCGACGCAAUUCAGACCGUGCGCUCACACAGAGGGAUCUGCCCCAACUCUGGCUUCCUCAAGCAGCUUCAGGAGUUGGACCUCCAGUUAGGAAGGGGGACAGGCAGAGGAGCAGAGGCCUGCUAGUGCCAAGAAGGCAUGUCUCCUGACACCAGACCAAGAGAUGCUGCCCUCACUGAAGACUGAAAGGAUGCUGUCAGGACUGCUGUGCAGAUGCACUGAGAAACUUUGGGAAAAGGUUGAGCAUGAGCAAACUGUUAGGAGCUGCUAGGCAUGUGUGUUUUGGAUCAGCCUACUAAUUGGAAAGAAAAUGAAAUAAAGAAGGAUU